AUGCCCUUCAGAAAAUUCCACUUCCUAAACCGUUGGACCCAAAACCCAACCAAGUUUUGCUAUGAGUUCCCAAUUGGACCAACCAACACUUCGCUUGUCUUGCUGCCACAUGAAGACAUUCCAAGCCUACGCUCAGGUGUUGUCACUUUCCAACCCAAGGAGGAAGACUUCUACAUCCCAUCAAGAGAGAAACCAUCAUUCCCAUCCUCACAUACGCACACUUCAGCGCACAGUCAAGCUCAACGCCGCCACCAAGAACGCCAUGUUCUCAGCACUGGCAUGGCAGCGAACCAAGCCCUAGACCGUGUGAGCAAGCUGGAGAAGAUUGUGGAGUGCCAAUCACGUUUCAUCUCACGCCUUAGUUCGUGUAGUCCGCCACAUUGCACCGGAGAGACUCUUUCGCCCUUCUCUCACCGCUAG